AUGCCAUCGAACUCGGCAGGAUCCAGCGGACCUGAUACCAGCCGAAGGCGUAGUAGAUCUAGAGACCCAAGCAGUGGUGCAUCAGAAUACCCGAGGCCACCAUCUCAUCCUAAUCGGAUACCACAUAUAUUUGAACUUCCUCGAAGACGGAGUUACGAUCCAUGGCUCGACGAAGCCAAGCGAAACCUUCUCCGCCGCCAGGCGGACUUCUUCAACCGCGUGGACGGUCGGAGGCCUUUCAACCACACUAAGGAUGUCGAUAAGGAGCUGAAGCAGGCGCUUAUCAACACCAGCGUCAACAUGACGAAAGAAGAGAAACGAGAGAUCCGGAGAUGGGCGAUCCAUCACCACAUCACUGAGCUGAUGAAGAUAUUUAGAUAUCCCAGGGAGAGACGCAAGAUGCUCGAUCGCCAUCUGAAGGCUCUGCUAUCCGUUCAAGACGACGAUGGAGGGGACAACAUGUGGGCCUUACAGGGGGUGGCGCAGUUCUCGUUGGCUCUCGAGAAACUGGACUUGGAGAUCAUCAAUCUCGAGCAGGGAGACUCACAGCCGGAUGGGCCUGCAAGGGCCGGGGCAGAACAGGAGGAACAGGAGGAACAGCAAGCCGCAAGGCAGACGUCGUUGGACGCUGCGAGUGGAGUUGAGGGGCCCGAUCACAGGGUCCCCAGCUGGCACCUAGGUGGCACCAGGCCUCAACAGCGCGUUCCUCGCGUGUGA